ACGCGGAAGCCGCGGUACGUGUGUCUGUGCGGCCGCUGGUUUUAUUUAUUUAUUUAUUUUAUAUUUCUGUGCCGCUCCGGUGGCCGGACAGCACGGACGGCGAGCGGCUGCAUUUCCUACCCACCAUCUUCGGCGGUCAGGAGGAGGUGGAGAGCAGAAGGAGGGUCCCCCGGAGCGGGAGACGGAGGGAAAAGAAAGCGCAGGAAGGAUGGACGCCGCUAAAGCUCGCGGAGCGGACGGGCUUCCGCCGCCGGCCUCCAACCACCACCACCAGCAGCAGCACCGGGAGAAUGGCCCGGGCGACGAGCUGGUGAGCUCGGUGUCACUCUACCGACGCAGGCCGCGACUCCUUCACGGCACGGUGCUGCCGUUCGCCGCUUUCCUCUACCCGGGUUGGCUGUACGUAUGGCUCGGGGUCUACGGAGCCUCCGAGUACCCGGAGGCCGGCCUACUGUCUCUCGCCGCCAUCGGCAUCGCGCACGUCCUCACCGUGCUGACGGGCUACUGGUCGGUGCACAUGCACUGCUGGCUGACCUGUUCCAAGGAGCCUGAUCCAACAAAGGCCAGCUUAGCAAAAGUGAUACCAACACCUAACAAUGGCUCUGCUGAACUCGUGUCGCUUCAGAGGGACAAGGACGAGGAUGGAGAGGAAAUCCUAUCCUUUGAGUUCCAGAAGAUCCGUUAUGUGUUUGACCGGGACAGGAAGCACUUUUUACCUGUGGCCUUCCCCAUCGACCAGCUGAUGGGCUACUUUCAAGCGUGGAGAGGCUACCAGGAGGAGGCAGACUUGCGAGCUGCAGAGAAGCGAUAUGGGACUAACCGAGCAGAGAUGGUGGUGCCUGACUUCCUGGAGCUCUUCAAGGAAAGAGCAACAGCCCCAUUCUUUGUCUUCCAGGUGUUUUGUGUGGGACUGUGGUGUCUGGAUGAAUACUGGUACUACAGUGUCUUCACCCUCUUUAUGCUCGUGGCCUUUGAGGCGUCUCUGGUGCAGCAGCAGAUGAGGAACAUGUCUGAGAUCCGCAGAAUGGGGAAUAAACCUUACAUGAUCCAGGUGUAUCGGAACAGAAAAUGGCGGCCUAUAUCCAGUGAUGAACUAGUUCCUGGAGAUAUCGUUUCAAUUGGACGUUCUCCUCAGGAGAACUUGGUCCCAUGUGAUGUGCUGCUACUUAGAGGCCGCUGCAUUGUGGACGAGGCCAUGCUUACUGGGGAGUCAGUACCUCAAAUGAAGGAACCUGUUGAGGACUUGGAUUCUGAGAGAAUUUUGGACCUGCAGACAGACUCCCGUCUACAUGUGAUCUCUGGAGGCACUAAAGUGGUUCAGCAUAGCCCACCUCUACGCGCCAGCGCUGGCCUCAAACCUGUGGACAAUGGCUGUGUGGCAUAUGUUUUGCGAACAGGGUUCUACACUUCUCAGGGGAAAUUAUUGCGGACAAUAUUGUUUGGAGUUAAAAGGGUAACAGCCAACAAUCUGGAGACAUUUAUCUUCAUCCUUUUCCUGCUGGUCUUUGCCAUCGCUGCAGCUGUGUAUGUGUGGGUGGAGGGGACCAAGGACCUGACCAGGAACAAAUAUAAGCUGUUCCUGGAGUGCACUCUCAUCCUCACAUCUGUUGUGCCACCUGAGUUGCCCAUCGAGCUCUCACUGGCUGUCAACACCUCGCUUAUUGCCCUGGCCAAACUCUAUGUGUAUUGCACGGAGCCGUUCAGGAUCCCUUUCGCAGGGAAGGUGGAGAUUUGCUGCUUUGAUAAGACUGGAACACUAACAAGCGACAGCUUGGUUGUUCGUGGGGUGGCAGGGCUGAGAGAGGGGAAAGAGGUGAUGCCAGUGUCUGAAAUCCCCGUUGAGACUCACCGAGUUGUGGCUACUUGUCAUUCCCUGGUUACUCUUGAUGAUGGUCAGCUGGUGGGUGAUCCAUUAGAGAAGGCAAUGCUGACUGCAGCAGACUGGACUCUAACUAAAGAUGAAAAGGUAUUUCCUCGUGCAAUAAAGACUCCGGGGCUGAAGAUCCACCAGCGGUUCCAUUUUGCCAGUGCUCUGAAGAGGAUGUCUGUCUUGGCAUCAUACGAAAGGCUGGGCUCCACUGAGCUCUGUUAUAUUUCUACUGUUAAAGGAGCUCCAGAGACACUCAGGAGCAUGUUUUCACAUUGCCCAGCCAGCUAUGACGAGGUGCACAGAGAGAUGUCUCGAGAAGGAGCCAGAGUUCUAGCGCUGGGGUACAAGGAAAUUGGGCACCUCAGCCACCAGCAGGUGCGAGAGAUGACCCGUGAGGGUCUGGAGUGUGAUCUGAAUUUCGCUGGCUUUAUGGUUGUAUCCUGCCCACUUAAGAAUGAUAGCAAGGCGGUCAUCAGGGAAAUACAGGAGGCCUCUCAUCAUGUUGUAAUGAUCACUGGGGACAAUCCUCUAACUGCUUGUCACGUAGCCAGAGAACUCCACUUUAUCCAGAAGGAGCACACGCUGAUCCUGCAGCCUGGACCUACUCAAGGUGAAUGGCAGUGGGAGUCUAUAGACGGUAGUAUACAAGUACCUCUGCCCCCUCCCUCUAUAUCAGGAAUGAUCAGCCGCUAUGAUCUGUGCGUGACUGGAGAGGGGCUGACCAGACUGACCUAUGACCCUCGCUUACUCAGUGCCCUGCUGCCUCAUGUGCAAGUGUUUGCUCGUGUCAGUCCAAAACAGAAGGAGUUUGUCAUAACUAGCCUAAAAGGAUUGGGAUUUGUCACUCUCAUGUGUGGUGAUGGGACCAAUGAUGUUGGAGCGCUCAAACAUGCCCACAUUGGGGUGGCUCUAUUAGCUAAUGCCCCAGAACGAAUGCCAGAAAAGAAAAAAAGAGGAAGAGAGAAGGAGGCACCUGUUAAUGACCCCAGGCCCAUGCCCCCAAUCUCAAGUUCAGGGGGUAAACUGAGUUCCAGAGCAGCUAGGCAAAGGGUGAUGGCCCAGCGAGAAGAGCAGCUUGCUGCACAAAAGGAGAGGAUAUGUCAGGUACUGCGGGAGUUGGAGGAGGAUCAGCUUCAAGUGGUCAAACUGGGGGACGCCUCAAUAGCUGCUCCAUUCACCUCAAAACUGUCUUCUAUUCAGUGCAUUUGUCAUGUGAUAAAGCAGGGCCGCUGCACUCUAGUGACCACGCUGCAGAUGUUUAAGAUCCUGGCUCUGAACGCCCUUGUGCUGGCCUAUAGCCAGUCUGUGCUCUACCUGGAAGGUGUCAAAUUCAGUGACUUUCAGGCCACUCUUCAAGGCCUGCUUCUCGCUGGCUGCUUUCUUUUCAUCUCAAGGUCGAAGCCCCUGAAGACCUUGUCCAAAGAGCGGCCACUUCCCAAUAUAUUCAACCUCUACACCAUCCUGACGGUACUGCUCCAGUUCGCAGUGCACUUCUGCAGUUUAGUUUAUCUGUACAGAGGGGCACAGAGCAGAAGCCCUCCCAGAGAGGAAAAGUUUGUUGAUCUUUAUAAGGAGUUUGAGCCCAGCUUGAUCAACAGCACUGUGUACAUAAUGUCCAUGGCCAUGCAAAUGGCUACCUUUGCCAUUAAUUACAAGGGCCAUCCUUUCAUGGAAUCUCUCACUGAGAACCGUCCCUUGCUGUGGAGCAUUGCCUUAUCUGGACUUGCCAUUGUGGGCCUACUAACUGGGUCAUCACCAGAAUUUAAUGAGCAGUUUGCCCUUGUAGAUAUUCCAACAGAGUUUAAGCUGGUGAUCGCCCAGGUCCUGGUGGUGGAUUUUGUGACAGCUCUGCUUGUGGACAGAGUUUUGCAGUUCCUGCUAGGCAAAGGGACCCUGAGGUUGCCGAACUGAACUGUUCUAUCAGUAGCCGCCAAAGCAGCUGCUGCCUCCAGCAAACUGACUGCAGACGGGGAAAGAGGGCAGUUGUUAGUGGGCAGCCAACUCUGCAACACUCAGAGGAAGCAGGGAUGGACAAGCAUGGCACUCAAUACUGUACACAUCCCAGUGUUCCCAAUCUCUGUUCUUGUUCUGUCUCUUCUCAUCUCUUUCUUUACUCAGACCUGUUGCUUUCCUCCUGCUCAGAUUACAUGAUCCCCUUCCAUCCUAUCUAACCUGCCCCAGCCCCUCCCCAACCUUAAACGGCCAAGAAGAUAACAGUAUUGUGUGGAAUGAGUGUGUGUUUGGUGCGUUUGACUCGCGCAACUGAAAGGGGCAUUCUCUAAGAGAACUGCAGAGUGAUUACUUCUUUUUUUUCCUUCAUUUUGUAAAAAUACAGAUGUCUGAGAGACUUAUAAAAGACCAAAACUCACA